AUGUCGUUCAGAACUUUUAUAGUGACUCUUAUUGUGAUGUACUUGGUACAAUGCGCUGCUCCGGCGCGGUUUCCGGAGCUUCUGCCAACAUUUGGGUGGUGGCAGGAGGAGGGGCGUGGUGAGCGGGGUCACGGCGCAGACGUACAAGUAGUGUACUUGCCAGCGUUGUUGCCGCGGGAAGCACAGUCCUCCGUGGACGGUAGCAAUGAUGACGUUCCUUUACCGUACAACUUUGAUGCGUUCGGUCGUAACUUCGAUCUUCAGCUGGUGCCAAACCGUCGACUGGUGUCUCCAGAGUUCCGCGUGUGGACCGAACGUGGGGAAGAGAAACCCUUGUCCAGCGUGGAUGCCUCUUGCCAUUUCCUGCAUGCUAGUCCUAACGCAGUAGCUGCCUUCUCGGCUUGCAAAGAUCAUGCACUACACGGACUAAUCGUCGUCGAUAACUCUACAUAUGAGGUCCGCCCGUUGCCUUCUGGUGUUGGCCGUGCUGAGAACAGCCAUGGUCGUACUGCACACGUAAUUCGAAGAGCAUCUCCUCCUUCACCGCCCGUCGAUGAUGCCAGAGUCCUAAGACCGCGGCCGCGGCGCCGUCCGCGAAACCACACUCCUCCAGUGAAGAAAGGCCCGGCCAGCUAUACCAUAGAAAUAGCACUGUUUCUCGACGAAGCUGCAUAUAAAAUUUUUCAUCCAUUUUUUCAUUACAAUGAAGCUGAUUUGCGUGAUAUGUUGCUGGCUUAUAUAAAUGGGGUACAGGCGCUAUAUCAACAUUCUUCCCUUGGUACUCAUAUCCAGUUGUCACUAGUGAGGUUAACGUUAUUAAGGUCUCAGCCAACUGAUCUUUCAGCGCAUGCCGAACGUGGCAAACUCCUAGACUCUUUCUGUGCAUAUCAAAGAUCACUAAACGUUGAAGAUGAUGAAGAUCCCGAACAUUGGGAUAUGGCCUUACUGUUAUCUGGAUUAGAUUUUUAUUCAGAAGAAAAUGGUCGGCGGAACGGCGUCACUAUGGGCCUAGCGCCCGUGGGUGGGGUGUGCUUGCCGGCGCACGCAUGCGUGGUGUCGGAGUUCGGUGCGACGGACGUGCUCGGCCGCCCCUACCCAUCAGCAGGCUUCACUUCUGUCUACAUACUGGCGCACGAGAUCGGACACAACUUGGGUAUGCAUCACGACGGUACCGGGAACACGUGCGCCCGCGACGGUUACAUCAUGUCACCGUCUCGGGGAACCAAUGGAGAGGCUUCCUGGUCAUCCUGCAGUGCUAGAGUCGUUGCCGACCUCAAAUGGGCUACUUGCCUGUUGGAUGGAGACGACGGCGAGGAAGACAUCCCAAACGAGCUUCAGCAUGAACGAUUUAGCGGAGCGCCUGGUGCUAUAUGGAGCGCAAAGAAACAGUGUGAGGUUUUGUUGCGUGACGCGGACGCAGCGCCUUGGUCGGGCGGCGGAGACCAGCGGGGGCAAUGCGCCCAGCUCGCGUGCCGCACCCCGCACCGCGCCGGCUUCUUCUACGCCGGCCCCGCGCUGCCCGGCACUGCUUGUGGCAAUAAAAUGUGGUGUCAAGGUGGGGAGUGUGUGCCUUCGAACUCCGUACCGACAUCCAGCACGCGCGUUCCGCCAUCGGCCGGUAUGGCGGAGGGCGAGUCUGGCGGCUGGACCGUAUGGAGAGAAGGCGCGUGUCGGUCCGGCUGCUCAGCCAAGUCGCGGGGCUUUAGAGAACGUAGACGGGAAUGCGCUACGACCACCACCUGCCAAGGAUCCGCUUACGAUGUCGUACUGUGUGAUGAUACCAAGGUUUGCGGCAAGAAGAGCCGAGUGAGUGCCAAUGAGCUUGCUUCCCGCAAGUGCAGCGAGUACGCGGCGCGCGUGCCGUCCCUGGACGCGCGCGCCGGCGGGCUGCAGGCCCCGCAUGAUCCUACUCGCAUGUGGAUGGGGUGCGCAAUAUUCUGCAGGCGAGCAUCCGGCGGUGGGUUUUACGCUCCUCGGGUGGAACUCAACGCGGCAGGUCUCGAUCCCUAUCUGCCUGACGGUACCUGGUGCCACAACGAUGGGAAACAUGACUAUUACUGCAUGCAACAUCAUUGUCUGCCAGAGAAUUUCAAGAUGUCAACGCAAUACCACAUUUGGGAGUUGCCAUCUCAGGACAUUGGCGGGUCGUUUAACGCUCGUGCUUUGACCACUCCUGAUGAUGAAGCCGCCCAGGCGGCUGUACGAGAAUAUUUAUCUUUAGACAACCAUGGAGUGCCUCUUACGAGAGGCGCAUUUCCUCCAAGUUUACCCGAUGAACCUGAAGACAACUGGGAGGUAGUCGACUACGUGGAAAUUCAUAGAAAUGACUCCUCUUAAUUGAAGUCAAGACGUAGACAAACUAGUCCUUCGGCCAAAAUGACUACGCCUAUGACGUGUUACAGUAUGAAAUCAAGUUGCGGUUACGCUUAGAUGUGUCACUAAUGUUUCAAAGAUUAACAUUAAAAACGUAACUAACUUACUAUAUUAGAUCGAUUCUUAUGUCAACAGUUGAAAACACAAUUCAAUUUUGACUUAGAGACGAUAGGUUGAUAGAAAAUAUAGUACUCCGAUACUUUGGUAUGUGUGGAUAACUAACGACUGCCAAGUGCCAACAGAAUAUUGGCCAGUGUAACUGCGCCGGAGAACAACUAGGGAAGUUGUCGAUUACGUCGAUACAAACGUCAAACGGGAAAAAGGAAGUCAUUUGACGUCAUUGACCUCUCCAUAGUAUAAACAUAUUGCAGUUGAUUCAACUAAAGCAUAUGCUAAGAUUAACAGAAAUAUCGCUAAAAGACUGAUAUUUACAAAAUUGUCAGAGUCUGACAACUCGAGCAUUUCGUAGUAAAUAACUAAAUGAUGUAGGUCUGUUUCAGUGUAGUUUGAUAAUAACAAUGGCUAAGGUAUCGCCAAUAAAUUUUGGACCCAGUUCGCACAACUUUAGUCUAAUUUAAAUUAAUUCAAUUUAAUUUAGUUUAAUCCAAUCUAUUUUAAUUAAUCCAAUUUAACUUAAUUUGGUAGUUUUUAAACAGCAUCAUCUUGCCAAAAUAUUUUUGUAGUUUAUGUGGUUAGUCGGUAUAGUCAUUAUACCUUCGUCUUCAAGGAACAUAAUUUACGAAUUAAUGCAUUUUAAUCUGAAUAAUUAACUUAAAGUAUUAUAGAUUAUAAUUUUCUCGCUAAUUUCCAGUUAUAAAAUUGGUUCUCAACUUAGUUACCGAAUUCUAAAGAACAUGGAAACGUACUAGUCGAUUUAUUAU